UAUAUGUGGAAAGCUUUUAUUAAGUAACUAUUUAUUAUACAAGAAAUGGGUGGUCGCAAGGAGACUUUUAAGCCUACCAAUGGCGUGUGGAUCGAUGAGUCUUGCCAUUUUCCCCAGGAAGUGAUCAAAGAUACAAUAAACAGCUUGAGUGGUGACGUGGUAGAGUUUUCCACAUCGGAACUGAAAUCGCUGAACGUUCUGAAAAGGCGCUGGAUGCAAAAACUCGAAGACCAGAAUCGUCAGCCGGAAUCGAAUCCCCGUCCGCCAUCGCCCAAGAAACCCCGGAAGAGGACUCAGAACCAGAUCUCCAAAAAAGCACCCCCAACGGAGGAAGAUCGCGCGGAAACGAACGUCUUCAAAUUAGGGGACGACGUGAUCGUCGAGAAUCGCAUCCACAUUCCUCGCCUGAAUCCAAAAUGGCGUAUGCGGCACUUUGAUAUCAUGAUGCCCGCCAACGUGCUCAAGCGGGGAUUACUUAAUGAUCACUUCAACUGGGAAUUGCUCAACCAGGUAAUGGAAGCCAACGACCAAGAAGGCACCGCCAUUCUCCAGCAGUUUGUGGACAAUGUGGUCAAGAAACUAAGUACUUAAGCACAAGUUUUUGUAAGGACGCACACGCGAUUACCAAAGAGAGGGCCCGCACACCUUAUCGCUUAUCGCAUACUUUUCGUAGAAUAUGUCUACAGGAUUCCAAUAACCAAUUUUAGGUUCGAACAAACUCGCAAGAAAGUCUAUUGGCAUUUAUUGACUGUGAACUCUGGACACCCAGACCCAGUAAGAAAUGGACUCCCCUACUUCCGAGGUGGCCUCACCCUCGCUUGCGAUGACUGGUCCAUUCGUUGGACUUGAAGAUCGCAUCGAAUCCUACGACUCAAAUUAAUUAAUAUAAACACGAUGCAAAUACAUAAUUGUAAAUUAUUACAAAAACUAAAAAUAAAUGUCUAUGCCCAGAAA